AUGGUGGGGAUGUGUUCGACCGCGUACCUGAAGCCGCUCUACCUGGUGGCGUUGAUUAUUGCGCUCGUUUUCACCACCGCCGCACUUUUCUCGCCCGCCUGGCGACGAAUCGACGACAACAACAGUGUGGGGCUGAUCACGUCCGACUGCUACUUUCAGGCGUGCUGGUGGUACACUGACGUGAGUUUUGGAACAAACCAGCGAUUUCCAAAGUUGUGGGAAAAAUGAGACUUUUUGAUUUUUCGAUAUUGUAGUAGACCUUUCAUAACUCAAAAACUUGCUCCAAAAUACGGUAAUAAUUGGAAACAGAGGUCGAAGAGGGCCAUACACAACAUUUUUAUUUCAUUUCCAGAACUUAAAAAUAUUGUUUCCUCUAUGUUUUGCACGGUGCAAUGAUGUAGUUCAUUUUAGCUUACGUUUUUGCACCGUGCAAUUUUUGCUCAAAAUGAAGUAAAAAAAUUUUUUUUAAUGCCAAAUUUUUUUCAUUGUGUUGGAAGAUAUUUACAGGCUAUGAAAAAAUCGCCUACGUAUCUUUUUUUACCGAAAAAUCUUCGAAAAAUGCGAAAUUUUUUUGCACAGUGCAAAACCGAAAGCCAAUUUACCCUAUUUCCCCGCACUGUGCAAUCAAAUUUUUUCAACAACUUAGAAUAUCUAUCUUUCGCCUUUUCAGAACCGAGCCUCCUUCGAUCACACAUGUCUGGGACUGAUGAUAGUCGCAUUCGUCCUCGAGAUCUUCCUGAUCUUGGCGUCGUUGGGGAUGUGGACUCGAUUCUUCGUGCCUGGGGCUUACGUGUGUUUGACGGCGGUUAGCUUCGCCGCGAUGGUCGCUAUUGUCGUCACUUUGGCGAUUUAUGGAGCCAAAAGCGAGAACACCUUCCGAGGGAUCAGUAAGUUUCGUCAAACAAGAGGAAAUUUGAAGGAAACUUGAAGGGGCGGAGCUUAGGGUGAUUUGGGAACUUCGCACGGUGCAAUGGUGAAAAUGAAAUUUUUUUGCGACCAAAAAUAAAUUUAGGACCCAAAAAACUUUUACACUGACAAGAUGCACUAUUUGGCACGAUUUUAUUGAGGUUUAUUAAGAAAAACUUAAAAUUAUGGGGAGCAAAACUUGAAUUUUGCUUUUCUAACAUAUUUUGAAGCUCUAUAUCUCAAUCUACAAUGUAAAGUUAAACUUAAAAAUUUUUCAGAGGUCAUAGCAGACUCUAAUCUUCAUUUCUACCAAGUUUCAUUCAAUUCCGAAAUUUUGCCCUGAGGCAAUUUUUUCGAAAAUUGAGAGUUUUGAACUCUCAAUGGCUUUCAAACUUCACACACGCAAUUUCAAACACAACAGAACAUUUUUAGCGCCACUUUAACACAUCCUUUCAGUCCCAAUAACAGUAGCGCCACCAUCGGUCACCGGUUUCCAGUCGACGCAUAACAACCAAUUCGGCUACAGCUACUGGCUCGCACUAAUUGGAGCGAUUUUUAUGGCCAUUGCGACGACAAUCGCCGCCACCGCCACGGUUUUCAGUCUUUCGGUGAAUGCCCAUUCAUAA